UAAUAUUAAAAUAAAAUGUUCUUUAAUAAUUCUUCAGAACUUUUUUGUCUACUUAUCAAGCAGGAAGUGGAUUCGCCUUAUCAUAAUUAGUGAUAUAUUAAUUAACUGUUACUGUAACUAUAGAGAUGUAAACAAAUAAUGGCUGAUACAGAAGCCAAAACAAUGGAUGACGGGAAAACGGAAGUGGAUAAUGGCCCAAGUAACAGUGAAUCAAAGAAUGAGAACGCUGAAGUAAAUUUUAGAUCUGAAUCAGAGGAAAAGAUGGAUUGCACUGAAAGUCUCAACAUGGAUGGAAAUACAAAUCUAUCUGAAAGCACCAAAGAGUUAAACAAUGGUAGAUCAACACUGGAAGAAAAAACAGAAAUAUCUUCUUCUGCAGCGCAAAAAAACAUAGAUCAGAUGGAUACUGAGGAUAAAACAAUUCCUGAAAAUUUUCAGAUGAAUAAACAAAUGAAUGAACAAAAUAACAAAGAAGCAAAUAAUAAUAUUCAGGAGGAAGUAAGUAAAAAGAAACCAGAUUUUCUUGAAUCUAAUGGAAAUGAAGAAAGCCAGUAUUCUGUGGAUGACCGGUCACAAGAUGUUCAAAUUGAGAAUUGUUAUUGCGGUAAAGAAAGAAAUUUGAACAUUGUGGAGCUACAAUGUGGUGGCUGUUCCAAAUGGUUUCAUGAACACUGUUUAAACAUACCAAUAGGAAAAUGCCUUCCAUUCAUGACUUAUUAUUCAUUCUUCUGUAAACAUUGUAAUUCAUCUGGAGUAGAGUCAUUUUCCAAGAAACAGCCAAAUUUUAGUCAGAUGUGUGGAACAGCCCUUGCUAACUUAAUGCAACAAUGUAAUUCUGAUGGGAAACCAAGAACAAUGUUUUCCAAAGAUAAGGAAGUUAUACCCUACAUUGUAGAAAAUUGGGAAUACUUAACAACUAUGCAGAGGAGAAUAAAACAAACAUGGCAUAAUACAGUACAUAAAACCAUGUUGAAAGAUUCAGAUGUUUUCAUUUGCGAUGAAAAUGGAUUUGAUGGGGGCCCUAUGUUUGGUUUAGUAAAUCAGGAUUUGAUUAAAAUUGGUCCUAACUAUGAUAAUUCAUCCAGAGGUCCUCAGAAAAUAAAUAUUGAUUCAUCUUCAUCCCAAGGAGCUUUUAAUAAAGGACGCAGCAGUAAAAGGAAAUUUUUUGAUAAUCAGAUGUCUGGAACAGGAAAGAAAGUGAAAAGUGAUUUAGUAAUGCCCAAACUGCCACCAAAUGGCUAUCCACUUGAGCAUCCAUUUAACAAAGAUGGCUAUCGGUACAUCCUUGCUGAACCUGAUCCCCAUGCUCCAUUUCGACAAGAAUUUGAUGAAAGUCAAGACUGGGCUGGUAAGCCAAUUCCAGGAUGGCUGUAUAGAAAGUUGACUCCUAGCAAUGUAUUAAUCGCCUUACAUGAUCGAGCUCCUCAGUUGAAGAUAUCUGAUGAUAGAUUGACUGUCACAGGAGAAAAAGGAUAUUGUAUGGCUCGAGCUACACAUGGUGUUGCUAAAGGUACUUGGUAUUUUGAAAUAACUAUGGAUGAUGUACCAGAUGGAGCAGCUGCUCGUCUUGGAUGGUCCCAGCCUUUAGCUAAUCUACAAGGUCCAUUGGGAUAUGACAAAUUUAGCUAUUCUUGGAGGUCAAGGAAAGGAACAAAAUUUCAUGAAAGCAGAGGUUACCAUUAUUCAGAUGAAGGUUAUGGUCAAGGAGACACUCUUGGUUUUUAUAUUCACCUCCCACAAAAAGGGGAUAAAAUACCUUUACCACCAAUUUAUAAAGAUAAGCCACUUGUAAAAUUUAAAAGCUAUCUAUAUUAUGAAGAAAAAGAUGAAGUACAGUUAGAAUUAAAAAAUAUGAAACCUCUGCCUGGUAGUAAAAUUGUUUUCUACAAAAAUGGUAAAAAUUUGGGUACAGCUUUUGAGAACAUUAAUGUAGGAACAUACUAUCCAGCUGUAUCUUUAUACAAAAAUUGUACAGGCACCCUGAACUUUGGCCCAGUAUUUAAGUAUCCACCUACUGAAAAGUACAAACCUAUAUGUGAACUAGCUCAUGAAGCAACUAUUGAACAAGCAAUGACUGAUCUGUUAUUUUUCACUGAAAAUAAAGGAAAGCUACGGUUAGAUGCAAUAUAACCAUAUCAUCAAAAAAAUUUCAACUUUUUUUAUAAAUAUUUUUACAUCUUUGGAUAUGUAUUUAUUGCACAAAAAAAAAACUUCAUU